AUGCGGGCCUCUUUCAACACCGUUCUCCUUGGGCUGUCACUAUGCUCUGGCAUCGCAGAGGCGAUGCCAAAGGCCCCAUGGGUCGAGCAACACGCCAGGACCCGAGGCAGAAAGCAUUUCACUGCGUCUGUCGAGAAACGCAAUGUCACUGAAGAUCCUCCGGACUGUGUGGCUCCAAAGGCUCAAUUGACCAAAGCCCCCAAAGCGAACAUUUGGGGUGGGUUGUCAGGACCGGAAGCCUCUGGGGUCGUUUCGUGGCUUUUCGCACAGCCAGAACUGAACUUGACCGAGUCGGAGAAAGCAAGCAACUGGGAUAAUACCAUUGUCACAGUCGAGCUCCUGAUGCCCAACAAGACUGAUGCACUUGCUUAUAUGGACACAAACGCUACAACACCAACACGUUAUGCGAGAGCUGUACUGGACAUUCGUGCGACCGAAAACGCAUACUUCCAGGAGAUUCGCGUCGGACCUUUGCCAUUGGUCAACGGUACCACCAAGUGGGAACCACUGGAUUACACGUGGACACGAAAGACCGGGGGAAAAGUACGCAAUCUUGUUCCGGACGUCGAUAUUAUGCACGACGAAUGGCUUUACAAGAUCGGUGCCGAAGUUGCAGAUAUUACCAAGGACCUUUGGAACAUGACUAUGCUGGGAUUGGACAACGACACAUUGAUCACUUGGGGCAUUGAUCCACCAACCGAGGUCGAUGGUCGCUUCCAGCGAUGGGAUCAAUUUUGGAGUAUGCCUCAAGGCAUAUUCGACGUCACCUCCAACAUGCAGAUGGGCCUCUUCUUCCUAUCUGACGUGACGGGGAGGGAUCCUUCCAAAUGGACCAUUGAGGGAUGGUACUACAACGGCAUCUUUUAUGAGACGACCGAAGAAUUCAGGACUGCCUACUUUAGUGGCAACUUCGAGAAACUCCUAGGAAACGUUGAUGGCGAGUGGGCUCAUACUGAUCAGCGAGGCCCGAUCCUGCCCCACGACACAAAGACUCCCCCAGUGACAGUUGCUCCUCAGGGUGCCAGGUUCUCCGUCGACCAUGAGAAUAAGUACGUUGAAUGGAUGGGCUGGAGUUUCUACAUUGCCUUCAAGCACGACACAGGCAUGACCUUCCACGACAUUAAGUACAAGGGCCAACGAAUUCUGUACGAGCUGGGAAUGCAGGAAGCUCUCGCUCACUACGCAAACUCGGCCUACUUGGACAGUCUGUACGGUUUCGGGCCAUUCGCAUUCGAACUUCUCAAGGGUUACGAUUGCCCCUCUUACGCCACCUACAUAAACUCCAGCUUUUAUGUUGCAGAGACUACGCACACCCAUCUCAACAGCAUCUGUCUUUUCGAAUACGAUGCCGAUUUCCCCAUGUCCCGUCACAGCACUGCCAACUACGUGGCGGCAACCAAGAACAUUUACUUCACGGUCCGUUCCGUAUCAACCAUCGGUAACUAUGACUACAUGUUCACAUAUAACUUUUACAUGGAUGGCUCCGUGGGUAUCGAGGUCCGAGCAUCUGGCUACAUUCAGUCCGCCUUCUACGCCAAGAACGAAGACUACGGAUUCAAGAUCCACGAUCAGCUAUCCGGCUCUCUACACGAUCAUGUCAUCAACUUCAAGGCUGACUUUGACAUCUUUGGCACCAACAACUCUGUACAGCUGAUGGACCAAGUACCUAUCAAGACCACGUACCCAUGGUCCAAGGGUAGAGAGUACAGCACGAUGAAGCUGGAAAGGCGUUUUCUUGAGACGGAAGACGAGGGCCGCUUUGAUUGGCAAACUUCGCGACCACAAGAAGUCCUUAUCUUAAACGAGAACGAGAAGACCCGACACGGAGAAUACCGGUCUUACCGAGUCAUGCCAUAUACAGGUACCGGCCAUCUUACCAUUGAAAACUCCAGUGUGCUUCUCAACUCCGCAAGAUGGGCUGAAAGAGAUCUAAUGUUCUCCGUUGCAAAGGAGACGGAAGCGAGAUCUGCUAGCAUCUUCAACACCAUGGACAAGGCUAACCCACCAAUUGACUUCAACGAGUUCUUUGAUGGCGAGUCUCUGCGAAACCAGGAUCUCGUUCUUUGGUUCAAUCUGGGCAUGCACCACGUUCCACAUACGGGCGAUUUGCCAAUGACAGUCUUCACAACAGCGCACUCCGGCGUUCACUUCACGCCAGUCAACUACUUUGAAGGAAGCCCAAGCGUUGAGACCGUUAACAUGGUCCGCAUCAGCUACAAGAACGGUACCACAUCCAGCGUCACGUCAUUCCAGCAAUCGAACGAAGUAUGUGAGUUGGAUUAUGAGCCAGCUCACGUGGAUCUGUGGGAGUACACGGGUGAUGUUGUGGUUCGGAAGUACCCGUAUGACCCGAGCAACCCUUACUACUUCACCACAUUGGACAUACCGUUGUAA